UGUCAUUCAUUUGAAAGGCCAUUGAACUCAUAAAACCCGGCGAACGGUAUCGAGAGAUCGGAAAUGUAAUUCAAAAACACGUUCAAACCAAUGGUUAUUCAGUGGUGAAGAGUUAUUGCGGACACGGUAUUCACCGUCUGUUCCAUACGGCCCCACAAGUGCCACAUUAUGCCAAGAAUAAAGCCGUGGGUAUUAUGAAAGCCGGCCAUUGUUUCACAAUAGAGCCGAUGAUAUCGGAGGGCACGUGGAGGGACGAGUGCUGGCCCGACGACUGGACCGCUGUCACCAAAGAUGGCAAGAGAUCCGCUCAAUUCGAGCAAACAUUUCUCGUUACGGACACCGGGUAUGAGAUAUUGACCCGAAGGCGCUCUCACGACGGUUUGCCUUAUUUUAUGGAUUGA